AUGGGAGCUAUUGGAGCACGCCAUCUAGCAGAUGCAUUACGAAAUAAUACGGCACUUACUACAUUAAAUCUCGGCUGGAAUCAAAUCGGAGCUAAUGGAGCUCAGCAUAUAGUAGAUGUAUUACGAACUAAUACGGCACUUACCACAUUAAAACUCCAUGGAAAUGAAAUAGGAGAUGUUGGAGCACAGUAUCUAGCUGAUGCAUUACAAAAUAAUACAACACUGACCACAUUAAUUCUCGAAUAUAAUGAAAUCGGAGAUAUUGGAGCACAGCAUAUAGUAGAGGGAUUACGAACUAAUACGGUAGUUGUCAUUCUCUUCGCGAUCUAUUUGAUCUAUCCAUGUAAACUUGUUCAUAUAGACACUAACCAUGUUAAGUCUCGUCCUGAAUCGCAUCAGUGGCAAACUCAAGAAUGA